AUGCUAUCAGAUUCUCUUCGACAAUUGAUUGGAUUUAUACUAGUGGCUAUAUGCUGGGGAUCAACGAAUCCCUUGAUAAAGGCAGGAAGUGCUGGCCUGGAUAAGGUAUCCGAAAAGUAUCCUCAAGGCGGCUUAAAAAAGUGGUUAGCAGAAUUAAAGUAUCUGUUCACCAAAUGGCAGUAUGUUUUACCGUUGGCGCUCAACCUGAGUGGAUCUGUUGUAUAUUACUAUACACUAGGCAAAUCAGGUAACCUCAAGGCCGACAGAAUAGCAUUGGAAUAUGCUAAUUGA